AUGUCGGAGACGCUUUCCUUCCGCGGAACCCUCAAGGGUCACAGAAACUGGGUGACUGCCAUCGCUACCACUGCCACUCCUACCCCAGACACUGAGAACAUGCUCGUGUCUGCCUCCAGAGACAAGUCCAUCAUCGUCUGGACUCUCUUGAGGGAGGAGGGCAACUACGGAGUUCCCAAGAAGUCCCUUCACGGUCACUCCCACUUCGUGCAGGACGUUGUUGUUUCCAGCGACGGUCAGUUCGCCCUCUCAGGAUCCUGGGACGGCACUCUCCGCCUCUGGGACCUCAACACCGGAGCAACCACCAGGAGGUUCGUGGGCCACUCCAAGGACGUUCUGUCAGUCGCCUUCUCGAUUGACAACAGGCAGAUCCUCUCCGGUUCCAGAGACAAGACCAUCAAGCUUUGGAACACCCUCGGUGACUGCAAGUACACCAUCGGCUCCUCCUCCAUCAACGACGAGGGUCACUCCGAGUGGGUCAGCUGCGUUCGCUUCUCCCCUGCCCCCUCCCCCCCCCUCCUCGUCUCCUGCGGGUGGGACAAGCUCGUCAAGGUCUGGAACUUGACCAACUGCAAGCUCCGCACCAACCUUGUCGGCCACACCGGCUACCUCAACUGCGUCACUGUCUCUCCUGACGGCUCCCUGUGCGCCUCCGGAGGAAAGGACGGCACUGCCAAGUUGUGGGACCUCCAGGAGGGCAAGCACCUCUACUCCUUGGAGGCCGGAGACACCAUCAACGCUCUCCUCUUCAGCCCGAACAGGUACUGGCUCGGAGCUGCUACCAACUCUUCUAUCAAGAUCUGGGAUCUCGAGAGCAAGAACAUCGUUGCGGACCUUGUCCCCGAGGAUGUUCCUCCCACCGGCCCCAAGUCCGUCAAGGUCUCCUGCGUCUCCAUGUGCUGGAGCGCCGACGGCAACUCCUUGUUCGCCGGCUACACCGACGGAAACAUCCGCGUGUUUGCUGUCACCACCCUUGGAAGAUAAACGAUCUUGUGAUGUCUACCAUCCUUGCUGCAGGCAGAGUGAUCUUAUUAAAGUCGUUGACAACUUG